AGUCACGAUCUUGGAUACACAGGACCGUUACCGGACAAUAGAUGAACUAAGAUAUAGUAAAGGCAUUCUUAGUGGUUUAUGGUUUGUAAAAAGUUGACCUCGUCUAUCUUGAUGCGGACUAACAUACUUUCAGACAAUAAUAUGUUUAGAGAGUCGAAUAAUGACCUAAUUAUGUUCCAAGGAAUAUAUCUUUAUACAGUAUUCGGCUCCUCUCUUGGUUUGAAACACGACAAACAUGUUUAAAUUAUACUGUUGACUAAUGAAGAUAGUGUAGAAAGGUAAUUCGUGCCGAUUAAAUAGAAUUACGUGUAAAAGUGUAGACAUUCACUUACAUUUUUUCUAAAUUAGUUGUCUAAAGCUUAACGUGAUACUUACGAUUACAUGCGACACGGAGUAUAAUCGCUGAUCUAAAACCAGUGUUAAUGUUUCUAACUUCAAGUAAAUCGAAUUAAACUUCAGGCAAUCGAGUUUUUCUAUUGGGAGAUUUUGAUAUUACUCGAAGAGACAAACUAAAAAAAAAAUACAUAUUUUUGAUAGAAGAGACUGAACGAUGACAAGUGCAUGAAGUAGAUUACAAUUUGAGGUGUAUAAUGAACGAGUAUUAAAUGCAGUCUUGUGUGAUGUCAUGCAAGUAGAGGGAUGUUCUUUUCUUUUUUUGUUUUUAAAAAAAAGCCCGUUUAGUUGGAUAUGUAAACUUAAUAAGGAAACACACUUUUCUAAUUGGAUGUGUAAUAUUAACGGUUAACUAGGAAUAUUCUUUAAAGAGUACAGAACUAAAUAAAGAUGACGUUAUUCCAAGAUAAACGAUGGGUAUGGAUUUUUGUUGUUAUGUACUCAAGUAUAUUAGGUAUCGUGUGUAAAGAUGAAUGGAGUAAAGUAGAAACUGUUAUUACCGGCUGUUCAACAGUUUUAAAAUGGCAUAUACACAAUGAUUUUAAUGAUACCAUCACUAUUACUAGAAAUAACGUGAAAUUAACUUCGUUUUUACUGAAAGAUGAGAAUAUUUCAAUAAGUAAACCCAUGGAGGUAAAGAGAGAAGUUGGUGAGACUGAAACAGUUCUACAUUUUGUUAUAAACAAUGCUACAUUAGAAGAUACUGGUCAUUAUAUUUGUACUUUAGAUAAACUACACUUAUAUAAACAUACACAGCUAACAGUUAUAGAUUUUCAGUGGAAUAAUGACGAUGAGCCUAUAAAAGUCCGUCCAGGAGAUGAUGUAACUAUCAAAUGGGAGUAUAUGCUGUUAUCUAGACGACUUAAAAAGAAUAUUUUCUUAUAUACCGAAGAUAAAACAGGCGUUGUGACAAUGCUGGCGUUUUGGUUCAAUGGUGUGUUUAAGAGUGAAACCACUAGAAUGACAUUUAACCUAACAAAAAGCGAAAAUAGUUUUGUAGAAAAUAUCUACUUAACACUAUAUAAUACGACAACGAAGGAUUAUAACUUGUCUUAUUAUUUAAAACUAGAUUGUCAUAGAGGUUGUGCUAAGUCACAUCAACCUAUAACUCUUAUCGAAGAUGUGGGAUUUAAAUGGAUACCAGUAAACCCCACCCCUGUAAAGACAUCUAUAAGUCGAGACGUAGAGUUGAUGUGGAAUUAUCAAACGGAGAAAUCUCCAAAUAAAAUAAUAAUCACUCGAAAGAAUGCAACAAAUAACAAGGUAGAGAAUAUAGGAAUGUGGACACCAGAACGUGGAUUUAAGAUAGAAACUAAUUUGACAGCUAUCUUUGAAAUAUCUCAAAGGUUUGAAACGGUGAACCAUUCGACGACUACCGAAGAGAUAACUAACUCUAACCCUAACUUAAUACCAGGCUCAAAUACGAAACCUAGCAGCAUGGAUGCUACAACAGCUCAAAAUAAAUCAACAACUACCGUGUCUGGUGACCAAUCUAGUUCAGUAAAAUCGAGCCAGUUUGAAGUCAGCAUAGUGACUGUCAAUAUUAGCCAAGGGCGUAUAACUCUUAGAUUAUUAAAUGUUAAUAACAGCGAUGUUGAUAUGAUGUAUUACUGUCACGUCCAAUGUGGUGAUUGGUUUACGUCAAAACAAGGCGUUACACUUACAGAAGUAGAACAACAAUUAGACACUAGUCCUGCAACAAACAAUCCGUCAUUGUCGAGAAUGACCGAGCACGAAAUGAUCGUAUUAUCAGCUAGUUUAGCAACAACUGUUGUUGUCUUUGUCUUAUUUUUGAUAUUGUUCACCUUAGCAACUAGAAAACUAUCACAACAUUACAAUAAAGACAAAGAGCGACCCAAGAGUGCAGUAUCUACUAACAGUAAUUCUCCUUCUAGUUCAAGAUACCCUUAUAAACCUAUGAGUGGGUUAACGUCAUAUAUAGCUAGACCGGAUGUGGAACCCACUAAAAGAAACAGCGGUGGUUUACGCGAAUUUUUACAUGGAGAAUAAUAGGGCCUCAACCCCCUAGAUCUCACAGUCAUCAUCAAACACGCAAACGACAAUGGUAUCCAAUACGCGACCUUAAGUCUUUGAUUCCUUUUACAUGCGCGUUUCUUCAUUUACCCCAGAAUAUUCGUACGUUAAAUUGCAUUUCAUUUUCACUUACUACUGUAUGAAAGAGUAAAGUAUUUAACUAUACGCGACCCUGUGUGAUUAAACAGAAAGUUUCAAAACUACACACGUCGCGGGGUAUAUAAUGGAAUGCACGAGUUUGACACAAAACGAUGCUCUUUUGAUAGUUUUUCGCCACUGUCGAAGAAAGACCCAGCUUAGAGACUGGGGACGGCAUUGGAUUAUAAGGUGAUUUUAGCCCAUCAACACCCGGUGUUAGGUCCACAAAAACAGACUGUGAUUAUGGUAAAAUAGUGCCUAAAUCUGUGAUGGACUAUAAUAUGAGAAUUAUGUUAGAGUAAAUGUUAUAUAGACAUAUUGUGUCCCAAAUUCAAUUGUGAUAUAUAUGAAUAGAUGUUUUCGGUCAAUAUUAAAUCAGGAAAGGUGAUGGAGCUUAUACAAAACGUGAAUUCUCAAAACACUCCUGUGGACACAAUAAAUAAUUAGAAAUUCAUAGAGCUACAUAUCCGUGUUGGUCUUUACCACACCGUACCUUCCGAAUGCUAGCGUUUAUCACUUCAUUUAUAUUGUUGGGUUUUAUUGCAAGCUUUUAUAACUUAAAUAUUGCUGGUGUUCAGUGCUAGCUUUUAUCACGACACACUACUUAUUUUUAGUGCUAUAGUAUCACCUUAAUUCAGCCCAAGUGCUAGUUUUUUUUACGGAAUUUGCUACUUAGAUUUUGCAUUUGUUUGCUAUUUAGAUUCGUGGUGUUUUAUACAUAAGUGGAAAUGUGUUUGCCCCCACCCCUAAUCCCCGAUGACAGUAUAUUAUGUUUAUGUAUAGUACAUUUAAAAUAUUCACGUUAUGGCUCAGUAUGUUUGUGAUACGUACGACGAUGAUGAUGAAGAUCUCGAAAAUAGCUGUUCUAAUCAUUAUACAUAUCGGCAUGAAUCUAAAAUUAAUUUACGACAACUCAAAAUGUUAACAGGAAUGUCUUUAGUGACACCUGUUAAAAUAUGUUAAAAUAAUUAAACUGUUUGUUAAACUUUAUGAAGUAAAAUUAGCAUAUCCCAUUAUAAA